AAACCCUCGCAUGUGAUUGGUUCCCCCUGCACUUGUGAUCAACCAUGUGGUUUCUCUAUAGGAGCCCUUGUGCAGCCCUUCACACCAAAUGAUGUCUACCUCUGUCACCAUAUUCCUGGCUGUCCUCUGCUCCCUGUUGCUCGGACCUCCUUACUGUAAUGGCAGUAACAUCCUGGUGGCACCUGUUGACGCCAGCCACUGGAUCAACAUGAAGAUUAUCCUUGAAGAGCUUCACUCCAGAGGCCAUGAAAUCACAGUUCUACAUUCAGCCAAGAGCUGGUACAUCCCCAGUAACUCCACCAUUUAUACCUCAAUUUAUGUUCCAACGUUGGAGGAUGAGACGGACAGGAGCUUUUACAAUGAAAUGCUGAAAGAUGUUAUGAGUUACCGCGGCUAUCCAACUUUUAUACGCACGUUUUACCAACAGCGCCUCAUUACAUCAAUGUUAGAGAAAGGUCAUGAAAUUCUGGCAAGAUCUGCUGCUAGAAUUUUAGAGGACAAUGUUUUCAUGAAAAACUUGCAGGAUAGUAAGUUUGAUCUCAUGUUGACAGACCCUGGCCUUACUUUAGGGGUUAUUCUGGGUGGUUACCUUAAGCUGCCGAUGGUCUUUAAUGUCCGCUGGAUUAACAAUGGAGAAGGUCAUCAAACUAUAGCCCCUUCUCCUGUCUCUUAUGUUCCUGUACCAGGAAGUGAACUUCAUGAUCAAAUGGAUUUUCCAGACAGGAUUAAGAAUAUGUUGCAUUAUUUAUACAGUGUUUAUGAGCAUUACUUCAUUAUUAACCCCGCCUACUCAGAGCUAUUUCAGAAACACUUCCCUUCUGGGACUGACUUGGUGUCUUUAGAGCUCUCAGCUGAUAUCUGGCUUUUUAGGGCAGAUUUUGUCUUUGAGUUUCCACGGCCCACCAUGCCUAAUGUGGUGUACAUUGGGGGGUUCCAGUGCAAGGAGGCCGAACCUCUCCCUGAUGAUUUGGAGGAAUUCAUGCAGAGUUCUGGAGAACAUGGGGUUGUGAUCAUGUCUAUAGGCACAGUGGUGUCAGCUCUGCCUUCAGAUAUCACAGAAGCUAUUGCUGCUGCAUUUGCUGAGCUCCCCCAGAAGGUGAUUUGGAGGUUUGAAAGUGAAAAACCUUCAUCUCUGGGAAAUAACACCCGGCUAGUAAAAUGGUUUCCCCAAAAGGACUUUUUAGGACACCCUAAGACCCGUCUCUUUAUAGCCCAUGGGGGAACCAAUGGAAUGUAUGAAGCCAUCUAUCACGGUGUUCCUGUUCUUGGCUUACCCCUCCUAUUUGAUCAGUUUGACAACUUACUCAGACUGAAGGUGCGCGGUGCAGCUAGAGUGGUGGAGAUCGGAUCUCUGACCAAAGACNGUUUCCUGGAGGCUCUGAAUGAUAUCUUAGAAAAUCCAUCUUACCGUAAAAACAUCCAACAUCUCUCUCAGCUACACCGUGACCAACCAAUGUCUCCAAUGGACACUGCCAUCUUCUGGAUAGAGUAUGUCAUCAGGAACAAAGGAGCUGCUCACCUGAAGUCAGCAGGUUUUAGUCUGCCUUGGUAUUCCUACUUCUGUUUGGAUGUUGCAGCCUUUCUUUUGGCCAUAACUGGAAUCUUCAUCAUGGGUUCAGUCUUUGUCUGCAGGUUUCUCUGCUGCAGGAAAUCCAAAAAGAAAAUAAAAGCAGAGUAAAUCACCAUAAACACA